GCCGUGCCCAGCACACAGGCCCUUCUGUCCGCGGGGAGAGCCAGGACACUGUCCCCACACACCCGUAAGGAUCUUCUUGUGAGUUCUUCCUGAGAACAGGAGAUGCUGCCCGGCCCGUGGCCCGGCUGGCUCUGCCUCUGCCUCCUGCUCCUGGCCCGGCCCGCCCAGCCCUGCCCCACGGGCUGCGACUGCUUCUCCCACCAGGUCUUCUGCACCGACGAGGCCCUGGAGGCCGUCCCGCCCACCUUCCCCCUGCACGCCACCGACGUGGUCUUCGUGGAGACCUCCUUCACCACCCUGCCCACUGGGGCCUUCAGCGGCAGCCCCCACCUGACCAGGGUGGUCUUCCUCAACACGCAGCUCUCCCGCCUGGGGCCGGAUGCCUUCGGGGGGCUUCCCGGGCUGGCCGACCUGGAGAUCACGGGCAGCAGCUUCUUCAACCUCAGCGCCGCCCCCUUCUCCCACCUGCACUCGCUGCUCAAGUUCACCCUCUCCUUCAGCGCGCUGCGGACCCUGCCCGAAGACCUCUUCCGCCACAUGGGCGCCCUGGAGUCCCUCGCCCUGCAGGGCAACCGGCUCCAGAGCCUGCCCGGCCGGCUCUUCCAGCCCCUGGCGCGGCUCAGGACCCUCAACCUGGCUCAGAACCUCCUGGCCCAGCUCCCGGGAGAGCUGUUCGCGCCCCUGGGCCGGCUGCAGAGCCUGCGGCUGAGCCACAACCUGCUGGGCAGCCUGCCCGAGGGCGCCUUCGGCGGGCUGGGCGGCCUGCAGGAGCUCUCCCUGGACAGCAACGCGCUCUCGGAGCUGCCGGCCGGGCUCUUCUCCCCGCUCAGGGGCCUGGAGAAGCUCUGGCUGCACCACAACGCCCUGGGCCAGCUGCCGCCGUCCCUCUUCUCGUCCCUGGCCAACCUCACCCACCUGAGCUUGCUGGACAACGGGCUGCGGACGCUGCCCGAAGGCCUCUUUGCCCGCAACCGGCGCCUCGUGGCUCUGUCCCUGUCGCACAACCAGCUGCGGGGCGUCCCCCCGGGGGCCUUCGCCGAGCUGUCCAGCCUCACCACCCUGACGCUCUCCCACAACGCCAUCGCCCAGUUGCCGGCCGGUGUCUUCCGGGACCUGGUGGAGCUGACCAGGCUCUACCUGGGGAGCAACAACCUCACGGCCUUGCCCCCCGGCCUCUUCCAGAACCUGUCCAAGCUGGAGCUGCUCGGCCUGUCCGAGAACCUCCUGACCACGCUCCCGGAGGGCCUCUUCGACGACAACUACAACCUCCUCAGCCUGGCGCUGCACGGGAACCCCUGGCAGUGUGACUGCCACCUGGGCUACCUCUUCCGCUGGCUGCAGCAGUACAGCGACCAGCUCCCCAACGCCCGGACCUUCUGCGCCGGCCCCGCCUACCUCAGGGGCCAGCUGGUGCCCGCCCUGACCGAGGAGCAGCUGGUGUGUCCCGUCUCCCCAGCCCCGGGGCCAGGGGACAGCUGGGGUCUGGUGUCCGCGGGAAAGCCCCCCCAGAGCCGCUGUAGCUACAGCAACCCCGAGGGCACGGUGGUCCUGGCCUGCGACGAGACACACUGUCGCUGGCUGCGCCUGCAGCUGUCCGCCCGGCAGGGCACCGGCGCGGGCCUGCCCUACAACGCCAGCCAGGCGUGGGACUUGACGUCGGCCUGCGGCACUGUGAGGGUGACCGUGUCCAUCGAGGCGCGGGCAGGGGGCCCCUAGGUGCACGGCGGACAGAGCCUGGAGCUGGGCGACGGCCUCGGGGGUCUGAUGGCAGCAGGAGGAGGUGAGAGUCAGAGCGUUUGGUUUUCAGGUGUGGGGCAGACGGGGGCCUCCCAAAGCGAGCACGGGAGAGGCCAGCUCCACGGCCCGGGUCUCCUCUUCCUCUCCUGCCUCCGUGGCUCCCCUCUCCGAGUCCGGCCUGCCGACAGGAGACGCCCCGUCCUUCCACUUUGCAAAGAACCAAUGAGAGCAGCACCGAGGGCCGGGGGUCUCCGGCAGGUCAGUUCAUACUCAACCCCAUGCUCACCACCCCCCAAAUUGCAGCCCAGAGGGGACCCUCCCACCGCUGCUCAUCCAGAUGCUUCCCUCUUGGAUCCCCCCAGCUCGAAAGACAAAAAUGGGGCCGGAGCGAUGGGACAGUGGGGAGGGCGUUUGCCUUGCACGCGCCGACCCAGGUUUAGCCCCCAGCA